AUGACAUCAUGUGGAAGAAUUAUUCUUGGCUUUUUAAUUAUUCUUACAAUUGGUGUUUUUAUAAUACAAAUCUAUUUUGGUAUGCAGUAUCUUUACAAACCAGUUGCUUGUGAACGUUCUAAAUUUCUGACAAUCUUAACAUUGGCUGGAGGCUGCAGUGGUAUUUUAUCAGUAAUAUUUCUCUCAUGUUGUUGUCAUGGCUUGGGUUUCGGAUUAAGAUCAUCAAAUCCUGAUCGUAACAAGCGACAAAUCUUCUAUUGA